UGAAUCUUUUGUUUCUCCAGUGGGAAAUAGUUUCAAAAUGAAGUGGUUGUGAUCCUGACACAAUCCACGUGGACUCAAGUAGAUGUAAGUGUCUGCUGGAGGGCUCUCAAGUGAAGUCUGUGGUAAACAGAGUUGCACUCCAUGAGAACUUUGCAGAGAGUUUUUUCUUCAAGAGGACUCGUUUUCAGUGCUGCUGAAUUAUCUUGUUGUUGGUGGUCUUCGGAGGGGGAACUGGCACCAUGGCUGGAGUCAUUAGGAAGGGAUCUGGGAGACCCUCAUACUACUACAGAUUCCUGGGCAAGUCCCGACUGCAGCGUCAGCGAAGCCGGUCCCGCAGCCGCACCAGGCCAUCUGCCAGCAGGGAGUCUCCUCCAGAGAGGACGGGACGCCGACGCAGCAUGCCAGGCAGCUCCUCAGACAAGGCCACGCCCACCAUGGAGGCUACGUCCACUGCUGCCACACCUUUCAGAGUCACCGUGAGUACUGGCUUUCUAAGUCGACGGCUGAAGGGCUCGAUAAAACGCACCAAGAGUCAACCCAAACUUGACCGCAAUUCCAGCUUCAGACACAUCCUUCCUGGCUUCAGGAGCGUUGACAAUGACAGAUCACAUCUGAUGCCAAGGCUGAAGGAGUCUCGAUCCCAUGAGUCAUUGCUCAGCCCCAGUAGUGCUGUGGAAGCCCUGGACCUAAGUAUGGAGGACGAGGUUAUCAUCAAGCCUGUUCACAGCAGCAUCCUCGGGCAGGACUACUGCUUUGAGGUCACCACCUCCACAGGAAGCAAAUGCUUUUCCUGCCGUUCAUCAGCCGAGAGAGACAAAUGGAUGGAGAAUCUGCGGAGAGCGGUACAGCCCAACAAGGACAACAGCCGGCGGGUGGAGAACAUGCUGAGGCUGUGGAUCAUCGAGGCCAAGGACCUGCCGGCAAAAAAGAAAUACUUCUGUGAGCUUUGUCUGGAUGACUCACUCUACGCUCGCACCACCUGUAAGCUUAAGACGGACAAUGUCUUCUGGGGAGAGCACUUUGAGUUCAAUAACCUGCCCGCUAUCAAGAGCAUCACAGCCCACCUCUACAAAGACACGGACAAGAAGAAAAAGAAAGAUAAAAACAAUUACAUUGGACUCGUCAAUAUCCCUGUCGCAGCCGUUACUGGACGACAGUUCAUGGAGAAGUGGUAUCCAGUCAGCACACCCAACCCCCCCAAGGGCAAGGCAUCUGGGCCUAUGAUUAGGAUCAAGGCACGCUAUCAGAGUAUGAACAUCCUUCCCAUGGAGAUGUACAAGGAGUUUGCAGAGUACACCACUAAUAACUACAUGCUGCUAUGCUCGGUGCUUGAGCCCGGGAUUAGCGUCAAGAACAAGGAGGAGAUGGCGUGUGCACUGGUCCACAUUCUACAGAGCACUGGCAAGGCCAAGGACUUCCUCACAGACUUGAUGAUGUCUGAGGUGGACCGUUGUGGGGAGAAUGAGCACCUCAUCUUCAGAGAGAACACACUGGCCACAAAGGCCAUAGAGGAAUACCUCAAACUGGUGGGACAGAAGUACCUGCAGGAUGCCCUCGGUGAGUUCAUCAAGGCUCUGUACGAGUCAGAUGAGAACUGUGAGGUGGAUCCGUCCAAAUGUUCGUCAGGCGACCUGCCAGAACACCAGAGUAAUCUGAAGAUGUGCUGUGAGCUGGCCUUCUGCAAAAUCAUCAACUCGUACUGUGUCUUUCCACGAGAACUGAAAGAGGUCUUUGCGUCAUGGCGACAGGAAUGCAGCAACCGGGGCAGACCGGACAUCAGCGAGCGUUUGAUCAGCGCGUCUUUGUUCCUGCGGUUCCUCUGCCCUGCCAUCAUGUCCCCGUCCCUUUUCAAUUUGAUGCAGGAGUAUCCCGAUGACCGCACAGCACGUACGCUCACGCUCAUCGCUAAAGUCACGCAGAACCUGGCCAACUUCACCAAAUUUGGUAACAAGGAGGAGUACAUGUCCUUCAUGAACCAGUUCCUGGAGCAUGAGUGGACCAACAUGCAGCGCUUCUUGCUCGAAAUCUCUAAUCCAGAGACAAUCUCCAACACGGCAGGCUUUGAGGGGUAUAUCGACCUCGGCAGGGAACUCUCCACACUGCACUCCCUCCUCUCUGAGGUGGUGUCUCAGAUGGAGCAGAGUGCAGCCUCUAAGCUGGGUCCUCUGCCCAGGAUCCUACGGGAGGUGAACACAGCUCUGUCUAAUCCAUCAAGUAUCCAGAUGACACCCGGACAGUCCUCAGAGCAUAUGGGCUCGCCCCCGGCCGAGGUAGGCUGCAGCAUCUCCACUGGCCUGCAGAAGAUGGUCAUAGACAAUGACCUUUCAGGACUGGUUGACUUCACCAGGUUACCCUCCCCCACCCCAGAAAACAAGGACCUGUUCUUUGUGACAAGGAGCUCAGGGAUCCAGCCUUCCCCAGCACGCAGCUCAAGCUACUCUGAGACCAAUGAGCCUGACCUGGGCAUGGCCAAUGGCAGCAAGAGUCUGUCCAUGGUGGACCUCCAGGACCCACGCAGUCUGGAAGGUGGCCCAGGUCCCAGUACCUCAGACGCCUUGGGUGAAGGCCCAGCCUCUGGUGGUGGCUGGUCAGCCAGAGUCCCACAAGGCAACAUCCUUGGAGGUCCCACCUUGAGGAGGCCAGGCCAGACACCCACCACCCCAUGUGCAGAAAGUACCCCAGGUCGACCUGCCCAACUACUAGCCCCCCUCUCCUUCCAGAAUCCAGUCUACCAGAUGGCGGCCUGCCUGCCUGUGUCUCCGCGCGGAAUGACUGACUCAGGCUCAGAGUGCCACAGUUCUGUCAGUUCCCAUAGCAACAACGAAGACGGACCAGCAGGAGGGAAACACACCUUCUUGAACCAAGGUGGUGGAGGCGGUGGUGGGGGGAGCAGCGGUGACGAGUACACCAGACGUUCAGGGGAGUUCAACCGCCGACAGCUGUCCCUCACAGAAACACCGCACCAGCCCACCGUCCCCAGACAGAACAGUGCCGGCCCACAGCGGAGGAUAGACCAACCUCCGCCUCAGAGCAUUACUCGGGGUCGCACUCCCCCAAAUCUGCUCAACAGUGGACCCUACCCCCGGCCCUCCUCCGGCAGCAUGAUGACGUCCUCCCCUGAUUGGCCCGGCAGCGGGGCUCGAUUACGACAGCAGUCCUCUUCCUCCAAAGGUGACAGUCCUGAGACCAAGCAGAGGGCUCAGCACAAACAGGCCCCCUCCCCAGUGAACCCCAGUGCGCUGGACCGCACAGCCGCCUGGCUAUUGAAUAUGAAUGUGCAGUAUUUAGACCAUGAGGGGAUGGAGCCCGAGUCACUGAGAAACAGAGAGGAUCUGACUCAGGUGGAGAAGUACCAGCAGGAGAUUGCAGUGCUGCAGGAGAAGCUGCGGGCGUCAGUGCAGAAGCUGGAGGAGUACGAGGCCCGUCUGAAGGGUCAGGACGAGCAAGCCCAGAAGGUGCUGAUGGAGUACCAAGCCAGACUGGAGGAGUCGGAGGAGCGUCUGCGCAGACAGCAGGAUGACAAGGACCUCCAGAUGAAGGGCAUCAUCAGCAGGUUAAUGUCCGUGGAAGAGGAGCUAAAGAAGGAUCAUUCAGACAUGCAGGCAGUCGUAGACUCUAAGCAGAAGAUCAUCGACGCACAGGAGAAGCGCAUAGCAUCGCUGGAUGCAGCCAAUGCCCGUCUCAUGAGCGCUCUGACCCAGCUGAAGGAGCGCUACAGCAUGCAGACCCGCAACGGCAUCUCCCCCACCAACCCCACCAAACUGCAGAUUACUGAGAACGGAGAGUUUAGGAACAGCAGCAAUUGCUAGACAGACUGGUAUCUGCCCCGAGUGAGUGUCGAGUGCCUGCGAGUGUACAGUUAUUCAGUGAGAGGUCAUCUACGUGCAUGCAUGGAUGCAUGCCUGUUUGAAAGACUGCGAGCGUGUGCGUGUUUUUAAAAGCAGACAGUACUUUUAGAGGACAUUUCCACUUUUUGGACACAGUGUGGGAGUAAGGACAUCGCUCUGGGGGGCCAGCCAACCAGAAGAGGCGGGACUGCGGUGUGAUGGACAGCUGACUGAGAAAACAAGAUCACCAGACGGCCUUCUUUGUGAGGGUGACGGCCAGAUGAGGCGGGGCGGAGCUUGUACAUAAGAAACUCAAAGCUGUCCAUCAGUCAAACACUUCGCCUGUGGAUGUGUGGAGUCGCUAGUACAUUUCAAACCCAGCCUUUGCCUGGGAUGAACCACUAUACUGUAUAGCCACACACAGUGACGACCGCUAGACACGGUCGCCCUAGCAACCCUCCUCUCCUCCUAUCUCUUUAUUCUGCUCCCUCUUGAUGACCAAGUGGACGCACUUACAAACAAUAACACGCAUUGAGGAUUAUCACUUUAGUUUUCUCGAGAGGAUUACUUUCUAGUGUUUUAUUUUAAAGUCACUGUUUAUAAAGAACCAAAUAGGAGCUAAAAAAAAGAAAUAGAUAUUUUUAGCCUAAAACAAUCUUCUUUAUUUCCCUCCUCACUCCUUGGGUGUGUUCCUGAGCGUCCCGCUGACCCCGCGUCCCCCCCACCAUCCCUAUGUAGUGCACUUUGUGAAAAGCUAUUGGUACAUGAAACGCCUUAAGUAAGGAACACACCUCGACUUUAUCCUGCAGCUCCCCUAUUUCUGCAAAAAAAAAAAGGCACAACUUA